AUGGUCACCUUUCCGUCGCUCGAUUGGCCGGGUCUCAUCCUCCUUUGCUUCCUGAGGAAGACGAGGAAAGGCGUCGUCAAUGUGAACGUGGAGGAGGUGGAGGGGGAGGAGGACGAGGAAGAAGCGGAGACGGUUGUGGAGGGUGAGGCGCCCCGGGCAGCCGAGGCGAGGGAUCGGAGCCCGGCCGCCGGCCCCCCCCCGCCGCCGCAGCCGCCGCCACCGCCACUACCACCGCCGCCGCCGCCGCUGCUGCUGGAGACCCAGGAGCUGGCCUCCAAGCGGGUGGACAUCCAGAACAAGCGCUUCUACCUGGACGUGAAGCAGAACGCCAAGGGCCGCUUCCUGAAGAUCGCCGAGGUGGUGGGAGCGGGAGGCCGCAAGAGCCGCCUGACCGUCUCCAUGCCGGUGGCGGCCGAGAUGCGCGACUCCCUGGGGGACUUCAUCGAGCACUACGCGCAGCUCGGGCUGCCCAGCGGCGCGGGCCUGAGGCGGCGGCGGCGGCCGCCGGGUGAGGAGGAGGAGGAGCCGCAGCCGCAGCCGCAGCAACAGCAGCCGCCGCCGCCGCCGGCGCCGGCCCAACCUCCGCCCGAGGCCCAGGGCCAGGCCCAGCCGCAGCCGCAGCGAGUGCUGAAGAGCGAGUACCUGGUGCGGGAGAACCGCAAGUACUACCUGGACCUGAAGGAGAAUCAGCGGGGCCGCUUCCUGCGCAUCCGCCAGACCGUGAGCCGAGGCCCCGGCUGGAGCUACCCGGGGCAGACCCCGGGAGCGACCCAGGGACAGACCAUUGCCCUCCCGGCUCAGGGCCUCAUCGAGUUCCGGGACGCCCUGGCCCGACUCAUCGAGGAUUACGGAGCCGCCCCGGCGGCGGCGGCGGCGGCGGGCGGAGGGGGAGGCGGCGGCGGCUCCUCCCCGCGGGACGAGGCCGGGGCCCCCGGGCCGCCGCCCGAGCUGCCCGCCGGCAUCUCGGUGCCCGUCGACAACAAGAGGUUCUUCUUCGACCCGGGCUCCAACCGCUACGGGAUCUUCCUGCGGCUGAGCGAGGUGAAGCCCUCGUACCGCCACUCCAUCACCGUGCCGUACAAAGCCUGGGCCCGCUUCGGCGACAACUUCCUCAGAUACGCCGAGGAGAUGAGGGCCAUCCAGGAGAGGCGCAGGGACAGGAGGGCCGAGCUCAGCAGAGAAAUCGCCGCCGCAGACAGUGCAGAGGAGGAAGAGGAGGAGGAUUGACACCCUACAUCAGUGGUCCCUUUGAUAUCCUCUCCCCUCUUGAUAUCAGCUGACCUCAUCAUCCUAGUUUUCCCAUGUUUUCAACAAUGUAUAUUUAUAUAGCACCCUUAACAAAAUGAAAGGCGCAGCCCCUCACUCCUUGUCGUCAUCGUUGUCUCCCAUUCCCCUUCUUCCCACCCCAUCUCCAUCAUUGUCUCUCUCCCCAAAAAUCCCCAUCCUACUCUUUCCCUGCAUAUCCCUGCCUUCCAGCCUCUCCAUGAAUCACUGUCAUUGUCUUUCUCCCCACAAAACAGCCUCAUCCUCCCUCUCUUUCCCCAUGAAUCCCCGUCAUCCUCUCUCUCUUCCUGCAAAUGCCUGUCAUCCUCGCUCUCUCUCCUGUGAAUCCCCGUCGUCCGCCCUUUUCCCCAAGUCCCCGUCCUUUCUCUCUCCCCACGAAUCCCCAUCGUCCUUUCUCUCUCCCCACGAAUCCCCAUCGUCCUUUCUCUCUCCCCACGAAUCCCCGUCAUCCUUUCUCUCUCUCUCCCCCAUGAAUCCCCUCAUCCCCUCUUUCCCCCUGUAAAUCUCCAUCAUCCUUUCUCUCCCCCUCGAAUCCCUGUUGUCCCCUCUCUCUCCUGAAAAUUUCUUCCAUUGUUUUUCUGUCCUGCAAAUCCCCUAUAUCUGCAUAAGAUCAUAAGCAGUAGGAGCAAGAGUAGACCAUAUGGCCCUAAGAGGCUGCUCUGCCAUUAAGUAUGAUCAUAGCUAAUCUGCCUCAACUACACUUUCCUGCCCACUCACCAUAUCCCUUGAUGCCCCGAGAAAUCAAAAAUCUGUCUCAGUUUAUAAUAUAUUCAACGAUGCAGCAUCCACAUCCCUCUCAGAUAGAGAAUUCUGAAGAUUCACAACCUUUUUUGUGGAAAAUAAUUCUCGUUAUCUCAGUCCUAAAUAAUUGACCCCUUAUCCUGAGACUGUGCCCCGUGUUCUAGAUUCCCCAGCCAGCGGAACAGCCUGUCAAUGUCUACCCUGCCAAGCCCCUUCAGAAUCUUAUAUGUCUCAAUAAGAUCACCACUCAUUUUUCUCAACACCAGAGGAUACAGGCCCAAUUUACUCAGCCUCUCAUCAAAAGACAACCUUCACAUCCCAGGGAGCAAUCUGGUGAACAUUCUUUUUACUGCCUCCAAGGCAAAUAUAUACUCCCACAUCAUUUUCCCCGGACCCCCACUACACCAUCACCACCAAAUCGUCAUCACCAUCAUUGUCUUCUCUUCUGCCCCCCACAACUCAAAUCAUCAUCGUCAUCUCUCCUCCCCAUCCCAGAUCAUUUCCUCCCUCUCAGAUCAUCGUCUUGCCUCCCUACCCACAUUAUCAUCAUCUUGUUUCCCCUGCCCAAAUCAUCACCAUCUCGUCUCACCCAGCCCCCGAUUGUUGUCAUCUUGUCUCCCCACACAGAUAAUUGUCUCAUCUCCUCCCCUCGAUCAUCAAAUCGUCUCCCCCUCCCUCAGUUCAUUGUCUUAUCGUCUUGCCUCCCCCACCCCCAAUCAUUACCCCAUCUUCCCUUUGCACCACACCCCCCCGCCAUCAUCGUCAUCUUACCCCUCUCUUCAAGUUUCCAUCAUAAUUUUAUUUUCCCAUUCCACCCUGCCUUUAGCACCAAACCAUGCUAACUGAUUGCAAGUACAAUGCAAAAAAUUGUCUGCCUUCAUUUUAUUUCAUUGGUUCAUCCCUCGGAAAAGCAAAUUUGUGGAGAAGGAGUUAUGUGCUCAUUUCAGCCUCCUUGAGAGGAACUAGAGUUUGCUGUGGUCAACAUUGCAUUUUUUUAAAAAAAACUCUCCAGCCAAACUUUCAUAAUUUUUUUAAUUGUACAAACAAG